UUACAUAUUUACGUACAUAAGUAUAAUGUUCAUUAACUGUAAUUUAAUGAUGAGUUUAUGGAUACAAUAACAAUGGCAUUGAUCAUUGGAUUGGAUUAAGAUUUAUUUCACUUCAAAUUUAGACACCCACGCAUGAAGUUUCUAUUCCUUUUUAAGUCAGUGUAAUGCAAAAUAUUUUAUCACAUGACUGAAAAACUAUAUGCAUCACAUGCUAUGGUUAUGAAAUUCACGUGAGCAGCAGGGAAAUUACAUCAUCUAAAGAAUGAUAGAAGAAAGUUUACAUUUUUUUUCUAGAACGUUGAAGGUUUUACUUUGAUUGCUUGUUAAGGCAAGCACUCAAUGUCAACAUAAAUUUCCAACAAUUUACAUGACACGUGAGUAAUCCUUUUAGAUUUACCUAACAAAUUAUUGUUUUAAUUUUGUGGUUACCUAUACGACCACAAGGAAUACCACGAAAAAAGUCACAGAAAACAUUAUUCUAUUCAGUUCAGAUCUGCAGAGAUUUAAAAGUUCGAUGCUUCUGCCCAAUAUUCUUUCGAGUUGGUUCUGGGCUUCUCACUGGGGCUAACUUUCGAUAGGUUUAUUUGGAGCUGCAGAGGGCAUACAUUCUCCGCGGUUGCGAAAGGAGUGAGUCGUCAAAUCCUGACGAAGGGUCUCGGCCUGAAACGUCGACUGCACCUCUUCCUAUAGAUGCUGCUUGGCCUGCUGCGUUCACCAGCAACUUUGAUGUAUGUUGCUUGAAUUUCCAGCAUCUGCAGAAUUCCUGUUGUUAGUCGUCAAAUCUGUUGUCCGUUACUUGAACAAUCAAUCACAAGACUCACACCGUCAUGGAAAGACCAACAUGCUUCAAAUUCGUUAAUAGAUUUACAGUCAAACGAGACCAUCUAGAUUGUUAACAUGGUGCCAGUAACUGUGAAGAGGGCAAGUCCUAGGUGGAGGGGAUCCUUAAUGAUGGAUGUCUCGGGGAAAGAAAUGAAAGAGGAAACACAUGAAUGGGAAGAGAUCUUUUGUUGCUGCAUCAAUAUUGUGUCUUCAUGACAACUGUUUUCUGUACCCAGCUUGUCAGAAAUGUGGAUCUCGGUUACUUAUUAAUCAUGGCAAGUUCCAGUGCCCAAAACAAAAUUGUUUGUCAAUAGUGCGGAAUGUAAAUUACAGAUACAGACUUUCUGUAAAAGUUGCGGGAAAAUGUGACAUAUUUAAUAUUACCGUCUUUGGAAGCUGUCUUGAACCCUAUUUUGGAGCAGCAGCAGGAUUUCUACACAGAUACUGUGAAGCUUUCAAGAAGGAACUUCAAGAACCAGAGGAAAAGAGAGUUCAGGAUCUGUUGGUUCAAGCUGUGGAACACUGCUUUGUUGGGAGAAGUUUUAUAUUUGGAGUGAAGACACCUAAAUCCCAAACUGGUGUACUGUCAUUUUCUCCGAGUCUCUUGCAAUCUACCACCAGGAAAAAUAAAUGUAAAAAACACCUGAUAGCUUGCCAAAUUGCAGUGCCUAACACUACAGUCUAUGGCUGCACUGUAAUUAAUUAUUACAAGAAACUCUUGGAUUCAAUCUGUCCCAAAGAUUUGUCUUCCACUUCAGUACUAUCUGCUAGUCCAUUUAUUAGCAUUGACCGAUCUACUCCCAAGUUCAACAGUUUAUCUGGUUCCACACAGCUAACUGGUGCUAGUCAACUGACAAAUCCGUGGCAGCAAGAUUUUGCACUAACUAUCUUCUCUGGUGAUUGUGCUACUGUUGAAGACCUUUCGAUUGCAGGAACUAGCAGGGUUAGUUUGAAGAGGAGCAUCUCCUCCCUUGAACAUCAAGAGGGAACAACCUGUAGAAGGAAAUGCAAAAAGCAAAUCUUCGGAGCUUUUGCUGCUUCGCUUAGUCCAAAUAGUAGUGACAGUACUGGAUGCAAUAUAAAUAGAAUUGGCAGCCUCCCAUCUUGUAGAGAAUUACAUAGGCUAACUGCUAAUGAAUGUACACAUCAAUAUUAUGAUACCAGUUCUGAGUUAGUAGUGGACUAUCUGGAGACCAGUUUUGAUAACCAAAUACUUUGCUUACAGAAAUUAGAGGACCCGGUGUCCAAUUGGAAAGGCAGUGUAAUUUUGCCCUCUGACAAGAGUUGUCCACUUGAUUGUGGUGAUUCUUUAUUAUGGGAUGAACUGCCUUUUUCAGAAAGUUUAGGUGAAUUUAUAGCAAAAGUUGAGGCAGAUUUGGAGAGAUGUGAUGAAGAAAAUGCACCUACCAAGGUGAAUGAUGUUGUCAUCCAUUCCUGUUCUUUAAAUAAACCAGAAACUGAUAAAUAUUCUGGAAUGCCAGGACAGAAGAGGAGAUCUGGAAAAAAUUUUACCAAGUGCAAAUUGCUGAAAGUUAGAAGAACUAAAAAUAAGAGCUCCAAGGGUGAUUCUCACAAUCUGAAUGAUACUAUAGUCCUUGCAGAGGGUUUCAAAAAUGAUGUCACUGAGAUGCUGUUUUCUCCAGGAACACCACUCCUCUGGACAAGGGAUGAUACUUGUGCUGCACGUAUUCCCAAUCCAGUGGUAGCUGGAAAGAUUUGCACUGUUUUGUUAAGCCCUAUAAAUGUAGAUAACUGCAAAAAAUAUUGUGAUUGGACAAUCCAGACAAAGGUGCAGAGCCAUCAAGACGACCAGGCAGGUGAAUGUGUAACUUUUCCAACUGGUCAUGCAGUUAAGGGACAAGAUACAAAUAAUUCUUAUGCACUAAGUAAUGCUGAUGUUCAAACACCAUUGACUUCUUCCAAGAGGUUGCUAACAAAGGAGGAAAACUUUUAUGGUCAAAUUCAAGAUCUAGAACACAACUCCAAUAAAUGUAACCAGGAACCUUUCUCUAGAUCUCGGAUGUUAUCCAUCUUUAAAAAUGAAAAUAGCUUGUUCCAAACUUUGUGCACCAGCACUGAAGAAUAUGAUGUUUCUAGAGAACUCUUCAGUGAUGUAGGAGGCUAUGAAGAGGAAACACCAUUAUGUUUCAAUAGAAACCCAAGUAUUUUAUCUCAGAUAGCUGUAUCUAAACCAUGCAGUAAAACUGCCUGCAAGCCUAAUGAGCAGCGGUGUAAUAUUUCCCUGCAUUUUUCAGAUACAGCCUCUGAUACAAUAAUAAACCAAAUCAACAAUAGUUCUCCGGAAAUUGAUUCACAGAAACUAAUUAAAUGUGACUUUCCAGAUUCACAAGACUAUAUUCCAUUUUCUCAGUCUACACCUAUUUCAAGAGUAAAGCAUUUCAAGUGUUUUGGGGUGGAUGAGAAAAAGGCUUUCAAAAUGUCACCCUAUGUUCAGACCUGCCCAAAGGAAGCUGUUUUUGAACAGAAGCAAGUAGUUUUUUUAAAAAAUGAUUUUCAGCAGCAGUCACUGCAAAUUCCAAAAGUGUCUUUGAAUAACCAAAUCUCUAUUUCAUCAAAGUCUUCCUUGUUAGACAACAGACCAGUUAGCAAGUCCUAUGUAAAUGAUGCUGAUGAAUGGAUUCCACCUUCAACGAUCAAAACACAACUAAUAUCUCGUUUUUCUUCAUAUGUCUCUGAUGUAUGCAAUCCACAAGGCUUUGAAUUAUUUAAAAAUGUGCCACACGCUGGUGCUGCUGCUGCUGCUGCUAUGGAAACUACUGACUCAAAAAUUACAACAGAGAGCAACAAAGGGAAAGACAGUAGCAAGCAGUUCAGAGGCCUCCUAUUUAUGAAAAGGACACCUGCAGGAAAUUGUACCACACCAUCAUUACAACGAAAAUUCAUCAAUUCAAAGGUUUCUCAAAAGAGAACAGAAAAAUUGGGGCCACUUGUUUCAAAAAAAAUUCAGAUUGGGCAAGAUUUAGAAAUGAACAAAAGCAUGUCAACUACUUCAUUAGGUUGUUAUUCACCAGAGCUAUUUGCAGCAAGCACAGAAUCUUUUGAAGAUGAGAAAUCAUCAUUUUAAAAGAUUUGGACCAUUGCUAAACAGUAUAAUUUUUAAGGGAAGAUUAAUUAUGGCUCAAUUUUUUUCAAUAAUACUGAAUUUGGAGGUACAUUUCUGCUGCAUCUGAUUGCCUGAAACACGAAAGAGCUGCAAAAGAAUCUGGAGAUGUGUAUGCAGCCAGGUGUGACCAUUACAGCAGAAAUUUGCCUUGUCUUUCCUGUUUUUAAUCUGUCCAUUAAUUGUUAUUAAAAGAAAUCUAC